GUGACAUGCAGCUAGAACGCUACAAAAUACGCUACAAAAUAACAAGUUACUUGUCUUUCUCAACGACAAAAUUAAUUAAGUAAACUAGUAAAAUAAACUACCCCAGACAAAAUAAGGAUAAAAACGUAUGGCAUGGCGGUUACAGUCAACCUGUGUGCAGUUAAGUGGCGUAUCCACGGCGACAAGCGAGGAAAAUGACAACAAGCGUGAGACAUGAAAGCUUCCGCGGGGACAGAAUCAGAAGCGGUCCGAAUUGAAAUGAGAAUUGACGUGGAGUUGUAAUUAUCUUAAUUUUACACAGAAUUCAUGGUGGAUAUUCCCACUUGCAUAAAUCUUUUGCAUUGGGUCACAGUUGCACUAUUUGCUGGAGUCCAAUACGCCCGUGAUCAAAUGUGAUUCUUCAGACACAAGUAGGCUACAUCAUUGGCAGAAGCAGGGUUUUUACUUAAUUCAUUCAAAGUAUAGGCCUAUUGGUGAUUGUUAGGGAUGAUGAUGGUGCUAAUGAUUUUCUAAUAAAGCCCUGCUCUGUUUUGUAUAUUAUUUGUUAAUGACGUAUUUAUAGGUUAAUGAGCAUGGAGAGCACCUACUGUAGUCUUGGUGACUUCUCAUUUGAUAAAGAAGUGACAGUAUCUCGAGCAGGAACGAGCAGCACAGUGGACUCUGUCAUGAUCACUCCUCAGGAAAAACUAUAUCGCUUUGAAAGUCGAGCCCAAUCCCUUGCUGAUGCACAACAGUACGAUGCUUGCAUCCAGGACCUUGUUCGCUGUGUGGCCCUGACAAGACUUGUUUAUGGAGAUGGGCAUCUGAAACUAGUCCAGGCCCAUGCCAGACUGGCAAAGGCAUACCUUAAGUUUAAAGGUUGGGGAGCACAGGCCCAGGAGCAUGCAGCCAGAGCCAGUGAUUUACUGCCUCUCUCCAGCCCCAGCUCCCCCAGUCCAGAGGAGAGGCUCCAAGUGCACCCCUGUCUGCUCAGCAUCUACCAAACACAAGGGGGCGCUGCUCUAAUACUGAACAGUUUUAAGGAGGCAGAGUCCAGCUAUGAAAAGGCCAAAAGAAUUGUGGAGGAGCUCAGUCAGUUAGGUGGCAUGAGCAAGGAGGAGAGAAUGGAGGCUGACCUGGAGAUAUCCACUUCUCUGUCCAGGGUGUUCCAGCGCCAGGGGAGACCUGACGAGGCUCUGCGGCAGUGUGAGAGCUCCCUGGAGCAGCUGGAGGGCUGGGAGCGGCCAGGCCAAGUCUGCUCCAUCUAUAAGGACAUGGCUGCCAUCGAACAGGCCCAGGGACGUCUGGACAGAGCCAUAGAGCACCUCUCCAAGGCUCAUGCCAUAGCUGUGAGUCAGAGUCCGGGGGACCUGGAGGGGGCUCACGUCGCUCACAGCCUGGCGCUGGCUCUCUCCACUGCUGCACAGCCCCACCACAAUGACUCGGCCACCAAGUACUUUUUGGAAAGUCUGACUGCCUACAGGAGCUUGUUGGGUCCUCAAGAUGCUGUGACCCUAUCUGUGCAGGAUGACUACUGUCGCUUCCUCCUCCUCACAGGCCAGCAACAGUCGUGUGUGGAGCUCCAGAGGGCGUCCCUGCCCCUGAAGAGGGCAGCGUUCGGUGACCUCAGUCCUGAGGUGGCCGGCACUCUGCAGCUGAUAGGAGGCGUGGAGAUGACCCAGGGUCAAGUCCGACAGGCCCACAGGAGCAUGAGGAAGUGUUUAGAGAUACAGAAUGUUCUGUAUGGCUCUCAUCAUAAGACGACGAGAGCUACCCAGAAAACGGUGGACAUGCUGGCCCAGGCUCCAGAGGUUGCUGGGAGACAGAGAACUGCUGGCGAAGGGAAAACAAGGCCUCCAUUCUGUGCAGUUCUGCCCCCAUCAAGCUGAGGAAGCUCCAGCAUGUCACUCUUAACAAACUGCAAAACCUGAGCUCCCACAACGAGCCUUGGCUCGCUUUGAAAAUAAAGACUUCUCCUUUUGUCGUCUCUUGAAGUUACAUUAUUUCAAAGUGGCCCAAGAGGGAUCCCAGAAAGGUCUCUGCAUCAUGGUUUCUUUUCUUUGAGAACGAAUAUUGGGCUGUUUGUUGGCAAGACUACGCAGACUGCAGUGUUCAGUAUGAAGAGGAUAUGGGGUUCUACUGGAGGAGCAGAAGAACAGGACACACUGUCCCUACAAACACCCUGGAUUAUAACACCUGAUUAUGUCAAACGUUUACAGCUCAUUUAGCUAAAUAUGAGUAAUUAAUAAAGAUUCAGACUCAGUUAACACACUCUAGUAAUGCUUUUAUUGUUUUUGCAAUAGCAACAGUUGUCAAAACAAUUAUUGGUAAACUAAAUCAUGAAAGGAACUUAUAUUACUUAAAUUUUGACAGGACACAAAAAUGGCAAACGGCAACUAUUGGAUCACAGGGCUCACCCUUUGAAUAUUCAUCUCUGAGGAAAUUCUAAGCUUAUAUACCUCAUCAGUUGUGUGGUAAAACACGGCACAUUUGAUUAUAAAAAAAAUAUUUUGCCUUUUCUGCACCCCAUAAAAACCUUUAGAGUGAAGUGCUUCAAUACAAUGAGUGUUAAAAAUUCAGCUAAAACGUAAUGUUAAGGAAACAUGAAGGCAAAAACCUGCUAAUUAUGUAUAUGGCCACUUCAGUCCAACAAACCAUUUCAACAACUGAAACACAUUUUUAACACAUGCAUGACACAAGUGCGAUAUGGUUUACAGUAAAGUAUUUGCAUUCAUCUUUGUGACAAAGGUUUUUCUACCUUGUAAAUUGCAGUAAACCAGGUUGCAGUAAAUCUACAGGGAUUGUGAAACUAGUUUGUGUCAAAGUAUCUCUUUACCUUUUGUGAUGGGGGUUAAUAUUGCACAGACCAGCCACUGUUUCAAAUGAGCACUAAAAUGUUCAUUUCUCAAACCAGACAAAACCAGGCUUUAUAUAGAAGACUGAAUAAGAUAUCAUAUAUUGUCCCUUUGAAUAACAGUCCAGGACAUUUCCACCCUUUUUUAACAUAGAAUGUUAAAUCUAGGUCUAUUUUGAAGGGGCUGUGUUAACUGUAUGCAGUGUAGAAAGACUAAAGCAGCUUAUGGGAUACAUGGGCCUGUGGGGUGAGGCCAUAUUGGAGCACUUCUACUCAGAGUACACAGGCGCGCGCACACACACACACACACACAGGCAGUGCAACUAAGCUGGUGCUCUGAAACUAAAAUAGCCAUGGAGGUUAUGGACACAGUCGUCUCAGAGCUAGGGGGAAUCUUAUCUGUCCAACAUUGUGAUUAAAGACACAAAAGGACUUCAGACAAGGACAUUCUGGUGGAGUUCUGACACAAGAUGUAUGAAGACGUUUAAGUCUACU